AUGAGAGUUCCAGAUCAUGAGAUACCAAAUUUAGACGAAGAGUCCAACAAGCGCUUACAACAAUACUUGUCACAUCUAAAAUGGGAACAAUUGGCUGCUGGCAUCGCAAGUGGAUCAGUAACCACGGCAAUUCUCCAUCCUCUAGAGCUAGCCAAAAUUCGUCUUCAAGUUAAUGAGGGAAACAGAGUUGUUAAAACACGUCCCACCAGCUCCCGAUUGUUCGGAACACUGCGAGAAGUCUACUGUGCAAAAGGUGUAAUCGGUCUGUAUCAAGGUUCUGCAGUCAAUAUAGUCGGUAAUGCAGUUGGAUGGGGACUUUAUUUCAUGCUCUAUGGGGCACUGAAAAAUUAUGCACAAAACGGAGACCCCUGUAAGCAACUGGGAUCGGCGGAAUAUCUUGGGUUAGCCACAAUAUCAAGCACAGCCGUAUUGUGGAUGACCAACCCCAUCUGGAUAGCGAAAACUCGAAUUUGUCUUCAGUACGAGACCAUCGCAUGCAACGCUUCCGCGUCCAUGUCCCCUAACCGCCUGACAACGUGGCGAUGUCUUUGCGACAUCUGGCGGUCCGAAGGAAUCCGAGGUUUCUAUCGAGGCUUAAUUCCUGGCAUGUUUGGUAUCACUUCCGGCGCUUUGCAGUUCCUCCUCUAUGAGCAAUUUCGAAAUCAGUAUAAUGGUUACUAUCAGAGACCUAUCGACACCCAUCUUAAAGCUCCUGAAUAUCUUCUAAUGGGAACUAUUUCUAAAGGUUUGUCCACGACAGUGACAUACCCAUUCCAGGUUAUCCGAACUCGUCUACAAGAACAGCAUCGCAGCUAUAGUAGUCUUUCAUGUCUUUUGAAGUCUAUUUGGAAUUUCGUUUUGCUUUUCAGAUUUGAGGGAGUAAGGGGCUACUACAAGGGACUUUGGCCAAACCUUUUGCGGACAGCUCCAUCUUGCGGAAUAAUGUUUGUAGUGUAUGAAAACUCCCUGUGCUAUCUCACUUCGCAUUGA